AUGUGUGACAGCGAAGACGAAGGCCGCAGGGAGACUUCUCCCCCUCCUCCACACGAUCCCAGAGGAGACGAAUGGCCCGACGAUGGCCGGCUAUCAGCGGCGAUAAGGCGCCCCCACAUGGCUGCCUGGGGGUCCCCGCUGGUCAGUGCAGCCCCAGCUGUCCUGACGACGACUUCCCCCCCCCCCAGGAUGGCGGGCCCCGCCAAGAAGCGCUCCUUCGUCGAGACCUUGCACGUGCUGUUCGCCGCGCCCGACGAGAAGGGCGAGAAGGCCGAGUCCCGCCGGCUGAAGGAUGUCCUCCGCGGCCUGCUGGUCCGCAAGGACUCGUGGUGCCAGGACCUCCUGCGCGCGCGGCUGCCCGCGGCUAGCUGGCUGCCCCGCUACGCCCUGGAGGACCUGCCCAGGGACUUCCUGGCGGGGGUGGCGGUCGGCUUCACCACCGUGCCGCAGAGCAUCGCCUACGCCGUCGUUGCGAGGCUGCCGGCCCACUACGGCCUGUACUCGGCCAUCAUGGGGCCGUUCCUGUACCUGCUGCUGGGCGGCAGCAAGGACGUGACCAUAGGCCCGACCGCCAUCCUGUCGCUGAUGACGGGCUCCUUCGUGGCCGGCCGAGGGCCCGAGUACGCCGUCCUGCUGACCUUCCUGUGCGGCUGCGCCAUCUUCGCCAUGGGGCUGCUGAGGAUGGGGUUCCUGAUGGACUUCAUCUCCUCGCCCGUGACGGCGGGCUUCACCUCCGCCGCCGCGGUCACCAUAGGCUCCACGCAGCUCGGCAGCCUGCUGGGGUACGGCGGCCGCAGCGACAGCUUCGUGGGCGCCUGGCAGGAGCUGGUGUCCAAGGCGCGCGAGACCUCCCCGUGGGACGCGGCGCUGGGGGUGGCGACCAUCGCAGUCCUGCUGCUCACGAGGAAACUGAAGGACUCGACCAAGACCGCCGGGGGCGGCGGUGACGAAGUCGGCCGCGCCAGGAGGGUGCUGGGUGCGGCUCUGUGGCUGCUGUCCGUCGGCAGGAACGCCCUCGUCAUCGUGGGCGGGGCCGCCCUGGCGCUGGUGCUCGACCUCCACGGCGUCCGCCCCUUCUCGCUCACCGGGAACAUCACGGCGGGCUUCCCGCCGCUGCAGCCGCCGCCUUUCAGCGCCACGAGCGACGGCAAGGAGGAGAACUUCCUCGACAUGGCGGCCGACCUGGGCCCCGGGGUGCUGGUCGUCUCCCUCAUCGCCGUCCUCGAGAGCAUGACCGUGGCCAAGGUCUUCGCCCAGGGCAAGCAGCUGGACGUGACGCAGGAGAUGCUGGCCCUGGGGGUCGUCAACCUGGCGGGGUCCUUCGUCGGCUCCAUGCCCGUCACCGGCUCCUUCUCGCGCACCGCCGUCAACAACGCCUCUGGGGUGCGCACCCCGCUCGGGGGACUCUUCACCGGGUUGCUGAUCCUGCUGACGCUGGGACUGCUCACCGACUUCAUCGCCUUCAUCCCCAAGGCCAGCUUAUCCGCUGUCAUCAUCAGCGCCAUGCUGUUCCUGGUGGAGUACCGCAUGGUGCCUCUGCUCUGGAGGACUCGAAAACUGGACCUUGUUCCUUUCUUCGCAACAUUCGCGGGCUGCCUCUUCCUCAGUCUGGACUACGGGAUACUCGUGGGGGCACUUAUAGAUGUAUCUUACAUCUUGUACAAGUCGGCUCGUCCCAGCAUGCACGUGAAAAGACUCAAGGCGGGCUCGCAGGACAUGAUGUUGGUGCGGAUGGAGCAGGGCCUCACCUAUCCCUCCGCGGAGUUCUUCAGGAGGGCCAUCCUGGACAGGUGUGCCCCAGGGGAGGAGGGGCCCCUGCCCGUCGUCGUGGACGGCACCCACAUCUACACCAUCGACAGCACCGUGGCCAAGAGCCUCAAGCUGCUGAAGGAGGACCUCGAGAAGCGCGACCAGCCCGUCAUCUUCUGGAACUGGAGAGGCAGCGCGCAGACCAUUUGUCAGGGACUGGACCCGGUGAUGAGGUUCAACUUCCGCUACGGCCACACGGUGCACGAUCUCUUCGAGGAUACCAACGAAACGUACCGGCACAUCCUUAAUACGAAGAAUGCUUUCCUUGAGGUACCUGUGAUAUCGUAAUGUCUUUGUAGCUGCCACCGAAAUGCAACUGGCUGUCCAGUCAUUUGUCUUCAGCCACAAGCAGUGCCAUCCUAUCCAUUUACCAGUCAGUGCAAGCUCUGAGGAAAGGAGCUGGGAUUGGCUUGUUCCUGCUAAACCUAACAGCUACAAUAAAAGUUCCAUCAAAACUA